UGUUAGUGAGAGUUCUUGCUUGACAGAGUAGAGAAGCUUGAAGUAUGAAUAAAAUAAUUCAUAAUAUUUUAUUAUCAAUUGGGUUACCAAUCCAGAGAACUUUGCUUCCUUUACUUGAUUAGAAUACAGAAAAAAAAAUUUCAUGCAAGUUGUUUCAGAAAUGUUAUUUACAUACUUCAAAAUUGAAAGAACUAGAAUUUAAGACAGAUCACAUGAAACAGUCCUCAGCCGCCGCAUUCGCCUUCAUUGAAGUGCUAACAACUUGCCUUCUCAGCAACAUUGCUAAUUGACACCAAGUUCUAUGAAUAUAAUCAUGCAUUAAUUUGUUCUCUUUAUAUAUAUAUUGGCUUGUUUUCCAUACUAAUUUGAUUGAACACUUGCAUGCAUUGUAAAUUUCUUAGUUUAUCAGGAUGAGUAACUUCAGAAAAGGAAGUUUUGGGCUGUUGAUGUUGUUGUUGUUGUUGAGCAUUUUGGCAACUCUAGUAGUUGUCGAUGCAGGGAUAUCGGUGCCGAUAAAUGGCUUGAUGAUACAUUAUUAUGAAAAGAACACCACUUGCAAGAGUGCCGAGUAUUUGGUUAAGCUUGAGGUAAAGAAGAUGUGGGAUCUUGAUCACAGUAUCACACCCGCUCUUCUCCGCCUUGCCUACUCUGAUUGUUUAGUGACGGGUUGCGAUGCUUCUAUUUUGCUGGAUGGGAAGGGAUCGGAGAAAACAGCACCGCAAAAUUCCGGGUUGAGAGGUUUUGCUGUUAUUGAUAGGAUAAAGAAAAUUUUGGAGGAUAAGUGUCCUGGUAUUGUUUCAUGUGCUGAUAUCUUGCAACUAGCCACAAAAGAAGCUGCUGCUCUGGCAGGAGCACCAAAGUACCCAGUGUACACAGGGAGGAAAGAUGGAAUGAAGUCUAAUGCAUCAACAGUGGAUCUACCACCACCCUCAAUUUCAUGGAACAAGGCUCUUGCUUAUUUCAAGCUCAAAGGCCUUGAUGUGCUUGACCUUGGCACACUCUUAGGAGCACACACAACUGGUGUGACACACUGCAGAUACAUUGUAGACAGGCUAUACAACUUCAAAAACACAAAAAAACCAGACCCAUCAAUGAACUCCACAUUGCUGAAUCAAUUAAGAAAAUCAUGUCCAAGAACUACCAAGCCUGGCCAAGUGCAAGAUCCAGUUGUGUUCCUUAACCCAGAAACCAACAGCAACUACAGCUUCACAAACUCUUACUACCAGAGAGUGUUGGAUCACAAUGCAGUGCUGGGCAUUGACCAGAGUUUCCUCAGCUCCACAGAUGGUUUCCGUAUUGCUUAUGAGUUUGCAAAUGGGUUUCAGGAUUUUAAGUUGUCUUUUUCAUUGGCUAUUGAUAGGAUGGCAAGUUUGGGUGUGUUGACUGGGGACAAGGGUGAGAUUAGGAGGAAUUGCCGUUUUAUUAAUGCUGAUAAUCCUGGUAAUUUUUCUAAUUGAGGUUAAGGAAUGUUAUGUGGUAUAUGUGU